GCCGGGAUGGGCGACCUGAUGGAGGCGGAGCACAUCCAGGUGCCGGGCGAGCUCGCGGACCUCGCGGGGUGCCCAGCCUCCUGGGGCGACGGGCUGGAGCUGGCCGCGCAGCCAGACCGGAAGAAGGCGGGAGAGGAGGGAGGCUGCGCGGGGCUGGCGUGGGCGUCUUGCGCCAUGCGGGGGUGGCGCGAGUCCAUGGAGGACGCCUCUCUCGUGCUGCCCGUGGGCUACGUGGGCGGCGAGUGGCGCGACGCGGCCCUGUUUGGCGUCUUCGACGGGCACGGGGGCGAGCAGGUGUCGCGGCUCGUGGCGCGGAGGCUGCCGGGCGCGCUGGCGGAGCUGGGCGGCGAGCUGCGGCAGGACCCCGAGAAGGGCCUGGCGGCUGCCUACCUGCGCAUGGACGAAUUCCUGCGCGGGCCGGGCAGCGCCGCGGAGCUGCGCGAGAUGACGCUGCCAGGGAACGAGGUGCGCGAUUCCGCCGAGUUCACUGGCACCACGGCGGUCUGCUGCGUGCUCGAGGUCGGCGCCACGCCAACGGAGGGCAAGAUCACAGUAGCCAACGUCGGCGACUCGCGGGCGGUCCUGUGCCGGCAGGGACUUGCCGUCGCACUGACGGAGGACCACAAGCCCAACCUGCCGCGGGAGACCGCGCGCAUAGAGGCCGCCGGCAGCUACGUCGAGGAGGAGACUGUUCCAGGAGGUGGAACGGGUUACCGUGUGAACGGCAACCUCAACCUCUCCCGGGCGUUGGGCGACCUGCACUACAAGGAGCCACACCUGCCCCCCGCCGAGCAGACCAUCUCUGGCGUUCCUGACACGCAGUCGCUGAGCUGGAAGGUCAUUGGCCAGGGAGGCGUAAGCCCUACGUCGACCGAUCUGCGAAGAUCGGGGAACUAG